CAAGCUAUCAAUAUUCAAGACACACGACCUAUGCAGCCUGCCAUAUCGGACUACCUAUGCUCUCCAUGCCACCAUCCAUAACCCAUCACUUUGACUCAUGUCAAUGAUCAAACAUACCACCACCGGACCACCGUCGACCUCCACCCGAAGAAGCCACUUUCUCGGUUGUUUUGGCUGUUUCGGCGAGAAGACAUGGCCCAAAGAUGAAGUCAACUCAGGCAGCCGGCGGCGUUGUUGGAGCUCUAAGUGGAGAUUGUUCAAGAAACCACCAAAGAAAACGGUCCCCGUUGACCUUACAACCGUCCCCGCGACAUCCGAAACAUCAUGGGAUGAGAUUCAGGUAGUUGAAGAAAAUGCAAACUCGAUAAACAAACAUGCGACAUCCGGUGAACAAAAAGCCAGUCGGAGGAAAUGGACAACGGCGGUCAACCGCCAAAAGGAGACAAAACCGGCCGCCACUUCAGCGACUCUCCCCGGCCUUAUCACACAAGAGCAAAAAACUGUGACGAUGGCACGCCCUUUGGUUUCUCACCCUUUGAAACCUUUGACUCAGUCAAAAUCUAUACCAUCGUCUAAACAACAGAAGCAUCUGCAUGCUUCUGCUACAGGCGGCAGAGUUAACAGUGGGGUUCUGCACAGAACCCCACCAUCAAAAGAGUUUGACUCUAUAGUUGGCAUGUCCAUAAUUUUAGUUAUAUUGGUUAUACUAGUUUUAUGGGGUAAGCUAUGUGCUAUUCUUUGUACUUCUGCAUGGUUCUUUGUCGCGCCUCGGCUGGUGGCCGUCGGAAAACGCUCAGCCGCUGAUAAACAACGGCCGGAAUCCGGAAAAAAUUUGGAUUUGGAGUCGGAGGAGUACAAGAAAAAGGUGGUUUUGGAAGGACUUCUUCAAAGAAACCACCGGAAGGCUCUUGGUCGAUAGUAGGUGAUUAUAAAAUAUAAUUAUUUGUUUUUUUUUUAAUUUCGUUUUACUUUGUGGAAUUUUCCUAUGGUUUAAGGAGAUAGAGGUUUUAAAAAUUUGUACUAGAAAUGGGUUUGAACUUUGAAUUGAAAGUCAACAUGAAUGCGGGCA